AUGAGACCGUCCGGGAUUGUAUGGAGUGCUAUUGGCAAGAAAAUCAAUUCCAUCGCUGUAGUGGGAGCCGGACCUGUCGGCGCAGGACUCACCAAGGCACUGCUGCAUGAGAACCGGUUUGCCAACAUAAAAGUGUUUGAAAAACGCAACAGUUUUGGAGGCGUUUGGAACUAUACCAAGCCCAUGUUCAAGACAAACAAUAUCACAUCGUGUCCGGAGAUUCCAUGCCAGACACCGCAUGCACGAAACCAACCACAUGUGCAUGAAGAACACGGACUGGUUUUCCAAACACCAGUAUACAAAUAUUUGGACACCAAUGUGCCCAAAUAUUUGAUGGAAUACGACAACCAGCCUUUCCCUUCGGACGCACCGCUUUUCCCGCUGCGAAACCAGGUUUGGGACUACGUUGUGCAAUACUCCAGGAAAAUCGAAGACCUCGUGGUUUUCAACCGUGAAGUGGUCAAACUGCACUACAACGACGAUAAUCGCAAAUAUUCGGUGUCUACGACCGAUUUGCUGACGGGGCGAUCAGAAACGGAAGAAUUCGACGCUGUGGCCAUCGCCACAGGUUUCUACGAUCUGCCGUUUGUGCCAGAACGUCCGGGACUGAAAGAAUGGCACGAAGCGUUUCCAACCUCCGUAAUGCACGCCAAAGACUUUGAUUGUCCCGAAGAUUUCGAAAAUACCAAAGGUGCCAUCGUGAUCAUCGGCAACAGCGCUUCCGGAUCGGACUUGGCGUUCGAAUUGGCCACGCAUUUGAAAAGACCCAUCUAUAAGUCCAAAAGAUCCGAAUCUGCGUUGCCCUCUGGCUACGAUUCGAAUAUCCGCGAGGUGCCAGACAUUCUCAAAUUCGACAAGCAAACCAAGUCUAUUGAACUGAUUAAUGGUGCCAGAAUCGAAAAUGUCGAAAAAGUGAUCUACUGUACCGGAUACUUGAAAUCGCUGCCGUUCUUGCCUAAGCCAUCAGAAGUACAGUCCCAAGGCGAUUCCGUUCUAAGCGGCCUUAUCACAGACGGAACACGGUUGCACAACUUAUACAACCACAUCGUGCCCUACCAUCUGCCCACCGUCGGCAUUCUGGGGCUACCCAAAUAUGUGCUCCCCACACGGUUGAGUGAAACUCAGGGAGCGUGGCUAGCAAGAGUAUGGAGCGGACGUAUUAAGCUGCCGUCUCUAGAAGUCAUGAAAUAUUACGACAACUGGUUUGUCGAGAAAAACGGUGACAACGGGAAAUACCACGACUUGAAUUUCCCCAUGGAUGUGCAGUAUUCACAGAGACUCAACAGUGAAAUUCGCCGCGCUGGAAAUGGUGGUUAUUUUGGUGUUGAGUGGACAGGGGACCAGAUUAAACUGAGGAGCUCCAUCAAGCCCUUGAAAGAGGGUUAUCUUGCAUACUUAAAGGACACUGGCACUCGAGCAAUGACAGUUCAGGAGCUGAUCGAGAAGGGUUACUUCGAAUGGCCGCAAGACGCUUUGACCACCGUGCAGGUGCCACAAGUGGUCCCAUAA